CCGCGUAUGAUCUAGUGAAAGGGUAGUCUGUAUUAUACAUCAGCUCCUUAAUAAAAGGAUGAAGAAGGUAUCAGGCAUCAUCGCGUUACUAUCAUGCCACUGCGUCGCAGCAGGCUCUCCAACCCAUACCAAAACGCAGAACCCAGCCCCCGUCUAUAUGCCUUGCACGCAGGACGGGUACCAGCAGUUCCUGAUCCGGCACUGGCACGGCAUAGCGCACAACGACAGCACUGAAGGAUUUAGCUUCGAGCUGCACGCCAAUUUCAGCGGGUACGCGGUGCUAUGUCACCGCACGCGCAGGGGUGAUGCAAACAGCGGCUGGACCUCGUGCGACAGCGAUGAUGAUGAUGGCUACUCAUCAGGUAGAUUUAGAUAUAGAUUUUCCGCUGCUGCAUACUUCGACUUCAAGUUCGGCGCGAGGAUCCAGGCCGGCAACCCGUGGGUCAUCGGGAGGACGGGAACGAGUAAGUGA